UUUCAGCUCUAAAAUAUGUAGCUAUCUGUUUGUGCACAACUUCAUGAUUUUCUCUCUUAUGUUAAAUUUCAUAUGCUUUUCUUGAUUAAUUGCCUUUUAAUUUCAGUCAUUUUUCUCUUUCUUUUUUUGAAAAUGAAUUCCAGUGAUUUAUUUUGUCCUUGUUUGGUUCAUCGAACUUCUUAAAAUUGGAGCUGUCUUUUUUUUUUCUUUUCUUUUUUCAAGAAAUGAGCUGACCCUUUUGGGGUUCAAUCUGAUAUCCGGUGUGUGGUUUUGAUUCUUGAUUGAAUUUGAUUUUCUGGGGUUGUCUAUUUAUGGGUUUUAGAUAGUUGGUUUUUCUCAUCGAUGAUAUAUGAAAUUCGAUAUUGGUUUUCCUUUUUUGCUUUCGUUCUUUUGAAUUAUUAUCUUCAUUAACAAAAGGUACUAUGAAAUUCCUGAAUUGGGUAUCUGUGUCUUUGUUCAAAUUCAUAAACACCAGAAAUUGAUUUAAUUCAAAAUUUUGACAAUAUUUCUCAUGAUUUUAAGUUCGAUUUCCCGCAGAUAUGCUGAAAUGGUCUUUAUUACAUUGAAAUUUCCUGAGCUUUUUUGUAUUGUUUGACUGAAAACUUGUAUCAACUGAUGAUUAUAUAAAAGGAAAAUGCUAGAGCUACAAAAUUUUUACAAAUUCUUAAUGUAGUGAAUGAUUUUUGGUAUGUAAAAAAGUGAUGUUAGUAGUAGGUCCAAAUGAAAAUCAGAAUAAUUAGCCACAGUAACAGUUUGUAAAAAUGUUGUAAAUAGUUUGGUAUUGUUAGUGAUAUUUUAUUCUCCUGCAUUUUAAGUUCAGUUUAAGGUACCUCAAUUUGCUCAGUUUGAGAUGAUUUUUAGAUGCAUUUCUAUAAAUUUUGAAUGAGAUUAAUACUGAUCCUUCAUUUAUGUUUUGGUUCAUAGGAUCUUGAGUGCAAAACUUCUUUCACAAGUCUGUGCUAACUUUAGAAUUACUAUGUUUUUUGUACUCAUAAAAGACGUUAUGUAAUUGCAUUCCUUAGGAAGAAAGAAAAAGAUUAUUUUAGCUGGUACCACAUAGCAACCUUCAUCAUAAGAUUGUGUUAAGCACAAUGUUAGAUGAAUUAUUUGUAGCAGUGUUUAUAAUGAAAUUAUGCAUAUGAUAAAAGAUAUGAUGAAAUUAUUUCUGAUCCAACAGGUAUAAUUCUAAUAUUAGUCAUGAUUGAAGAAAUAAUCUAGCUUUUCAAGAAAACUAAAGAAAGUAUUGGUACGGCAGAAAAUUGAUCUUAAAAACAGUUGGGACUUUUGAGUUAGUGGCAAGCAUGCGAUUUAAGUACACAGUUGGCAAGGUUGAUUGGGCUAAUCUUCCAAAGGAACUUUUGACCACCAUAGCUAAACAUUUGACUUUCUUGGAAGAUGUCAUUAGCUUUAGUGUUGUCUGUAAGUCAUGGCAAUUGGCUGUUGCUUUAGAGAGGCCCUCUUUGCCUCCCAAGUUUCCAGUACUGAUGCUUAUACAAAUAAAAGAUAAACAAGGUGGAGGCAAUGAAGACAAGGAGAAUAUGCAAAUCCAGAAAUCCUUCACACUUAUUUCACGAGGACUUUUCGUUUCACUAGAGAAGGAAAAGAGAACAAGCACAAGUGAGAGUUGCACACUGCGUUUUGAGUCCCAUGUUUGCAGGCUUAAUUUCAUAAAAACUGCUUACAAAAGAUGCUUAGGAUCAAAAUUUGGAUGGUUACUAACUUUAAGUGUGGAUUCACAAAUUAGCCUCUUGCAUCCCUUCUCAAGACAUCAACUUCAGCUUCCUCCUAAUCCUAACUUUGAUGAUCUGGUUGAUCCUCAUCACCCUGCUUUUAGUGAGCUCUUUGAUCCUAACAUGACUCGCAAUCCUGAAGAUUUCAGUGACACCUUCAUACGGAAAGCUGUUCUAUCAUCAAAUCCCUGGAAGAACUCAACUUGCAACGACCAUGAAGUAAGUGACUUUGUAAUAAUGGCAAUCUUCUCAGAAGCUUGUAUAUUGGCAAUUGCAAGACCAGGAGACAGGGUUUGGACCAAAGUGCAAGUACCCUCUCAUUAUUAUUAUGACACCAUAUACCAUAAGGACAAAUUUUAUGCUGUUGAUUGCAAAGGUGCAUUGGUUGUUUUUGAAUUUGUUCGUGACCAGAGUCCAAGAGGUACUGUUAUUGCACCAGGUCCUCAAGGAAUGAUUGAUUCUUUCAUAAAGUAUCUUGUUGAAUCUUCAGGUGAUCUUUUGCUUGUUUCAAGGGCUCGCACAAAAUGUGUUCGUAGGACUAAAUAUGAUGUUAGAAUUGAGGAGCCUCCCUAUUGGACGUAUAGGUUCAAAAUUUUUAAGCUGGAAGAAUGUACUCAGGUGGGAAGUGAAUACAAGUACAAUUGGAUUGAAUUGAACAACUUGGGCAGCAAGACACUGUUUGUAGGUACUUCAUCUGUGUCUUUAAAUGCAUCAGACAGUAGGGGAAGCUGCCAAGCCAACUGCAUAUACUUCACAGAUGACUUUAAAUACGGACACGGACAUGACAUGGGUGUCUUUAAUGUGGAAAAUGGAACUGUUGAACACCAUUUUCUCAACAAACCCUCUACUUACUCUUCUGUUCCUUUUUGGUAUCUAUAAUCUUUUAUAGAGAGAAUAUGUUUAUUGGCAAAAGUGAAUUCGUUCUCCCUUAUUAGAAAUAUAACAGCUACUAAAACUGAUGAGUCAAUUAUACCAAGAAUGUUGCAUAAAUUCGAUAGUAGGUGUAUAUUAUGUCAAAUAAGGAAUUUUUUUUUUAUUUAUAUAAAUUUGAUAGUUGGGGGAUUUAA